GGGGUUAAAUUAACUAAACUAGUUCAAAUCUAAUGAUUGCACCUCAAUCGAUGUUUUUCUACUGUAACGUUAUUUUACACGGAAACUAUCUGAAAUAAAAUAACAUUUCUUUUGAGGGGGGCGGAGGAAUGCGCUGACAGUUCAGCGAAUAGAAACACAUCCAGGAUCUGGUAAAGUGACCCGUUCAGUUAUAUUUGGCCUGAAAGGAAAUGAGCACAUUUGGCAAAAACAGGACUGAUCUCGCUGCUUCAUGCCUUGCUCUCCUCGCCUUUACUCCGCGUUAACCCAAACAAAAAACCCUCAAAAAAAAACGUUACUUUACACUGGGAACACCCCCAUCAAACAAACAACAGUAUCCCUCCUCCCUUUUGUUGUUCUAACGCCCAGUGGCGGGAGCUAAUAAAUUCCUUCUUCGAAGGGGAGAGGGGGGAGGAAGACUAAAACGCAUUACCUCUUGAAAUGUGACUGGCUCAGGGUGACCUGUCAAUGUCCCAAAUGGGUGGGAUCUCACUGGUUUGCAACCAAUCGCAUUUUACUCCCAUUUCAGCCGCUAUCGUUCCUGUGUAGGGGAAAUAGCUUCGGCAACUUUGUCACAAAGCACCCAGUGAGCUAGAAAUUGGUGGUGAUGCUGCUUAUUGCACAGUAAAGAGGGGAGGAAGCAAGCUCAAUUGGGGUGAAGACGCGUUUGAAAUUCAGCUCCAUCUGGGACCUGAGAACCACCGGUUGUUCCGUUCCCUGGACCUUCAGACAGAAAGGCCUCCUGCAAAGUUCAUGUUCCGACAAGAAACCAAUGUUGUAGUCUUUGCGCCGUCUUCUGUUUGCUCCGACCGAGACGUGAAGAGGAGCAUGUAUCGUUACAACGUGUGCAUGUUGCUGGACUGGGCGUACGGAGGGGUGGAUCCCAAAUUCGCUGGUAACGGGGGACCCGAAUGCGCGGCGUUUCUGCCAGUCCGCCAGCGAUGGGUGGAGACUGUCAUCUUUGUGGCGAUUUCCUUACUGGAGAUGGCUGUGUCGUACCGCAAGAUCAGGCAGCAGGAGCUGGGCAGAGUGUGCCAGGAGAAGCAGGACAGUCUGGGCAAAAACCUGCUCUUGGUCGCCCUGUGCCUCACCUUUGGCAUUGAAGUUGGCUUCAAAUUUGCCACCAAGACUUUAAUUUACCUGUUGAACCCCUGUCACGUUGUCACCAUGCUGCAGGUAAAUGGAGGGAGAGGCAACCUGAUUUGUUUGUAGCUUAUGUGUGGAUGAAAUGAAAGUUACCCCAUCAACUCAAUUGCCAAAAUAAAAUCGAAAUAAGAUGAGCUGAGUCUUAAUUAGACUUUUAAAGGAAAUUAGUGCCAUGAUUAAGUCAUGUUGGAGCUCCUCUUGAAUGGAGUUUUGGUCAAAUAUAGACAUCCAACCAGUAUGGCCAGUGGUGACUGAGUUCCAUGGGCACAGGAUGACUAUAUUUCAUUUAUGUAGCACCUAUUACAGCACCAAGAUUUCCUGAAACAUUUCGCAGGCAACAUAAAAGGAAGGGGCCAUUCAACUCCUGAGGUUGGUUCUGUCAUUCACAUCAGUCAGGAUUGAACUGUACCUGACUCCCCUUUAUUAUCCUUCCAGAAUCUAUCCAUCUUAGUGUUGACAUUUUUUAAUUAAACUGGAACUCAUCAAUUGCUUUUUUGGGGGGAGGGAGGUUGGGGCCUACCCUUUAUGUGAGGGAAUGCUUCUUGACAUCACCUUAGUUUAAUAAUGGCCGUCUCUGGUUUUCAGGUUAUUCCCUCUUGUU